CAGCGAUAAUAAUGAUUGUUUAAAAAAAAAAACACUUCCGGGGUGAAAUCGGAAAAAGUUUGGACACCCCAGCUGUAGGGGGCAGCACGCGCCUAAUAUGAGUCUAAGUAGAAGAAGAAAAGCAAAUGGCGGAACUAGACGUUGGAGAGCAUUGUCAGCAUGAGUCUUGUCACCAAAAAGACUUUCUGCCAUUUGUUUGCGAUUCCUGCAGUGGAGUUUACUGCCUUCAACACAGAAGCAGAGAAGCCCAUUCAUGUUCAGAGGAGCCUGUGAAAAGAGAAGUGUCUACUGGAAGCGUCGUCAUAAACCAUCCCUGCUCUUUUGAAGAGUGUAAAGAGAAACAACUACUUCCUGUCAUCUGCCCGCAGUGUGAAAAACACUUCUGCCUGGCACACCGUCAUCAAGAUGAUCACAAGUGUGAGAAGUUGGAGAUCCAAAAGCCACGAAUGGCAGCCACCAAAGAGCUCGUGCAAAGGAUUGUGGAGUCAAAGGAUGGAUCCAAAAGCAAAGGACGUAAAGGAGCAAAGAACAGUGCCACGGCUGCCAAGGUAGCGUUGAUGAAACUGAAGCUGCACGCUGUAGGAGACAAGGGGUUGCCGCAGACUGAAAGAACCUAUUUCCAAGUGUAUCUACCUAAAGAGUCUGAAGUCAGCAGUCAGCCUAUGUUCUUCUGCUCCAAAUGGAGCGUUGGGAAGGUGGUGGAUUAUGCGGCCUCGCUAGCUUCCCUCAAGAACAACAACAACGUCCUCGCAGCGAAGAAGCUGCGCCUCUGCCAUCCCGUCACAGGUAAGGCUCUGCGUCAGGAUGACAGCCUGCACGCCCUGCUGACCAGCCCAGAAGACCCCUUGCACAAUGGGGGCAACGUGAUCCUGGAGUACCUGGACAACAACAGCUCUGGCCUGGAGGACGUUUGUCAAUACAUUACCGUUGGCUGAACGCCUAAAAUGUUAGGGAGGAGAUCUCGCCCCAAGUGGAGGAGUUCAAGUACCUCAGAGUCUUGUUCACAAGUGAGGGAAGAGUGGAUGGUGAGGUCGACAAGCGGAUCGGUGCGGCGUCUUCAGUAAUGCGAACUCUGUAUCGAUCCAUUGGGGUGAAGAAGGAGCUGAGUCGAAAGGCAAAGCUCUCAAUAUACCGGUCGAUCUACGUUCCCAUCCUCACCUCUGGCCAUGAGCUUUGGGUUAUGACCGAAAGGACAAGAUCACGGGUGCAAGCGGCCGAAAUGAGUUUCCUCCGCCAGGUGGCGGUGUUCUCCCUUAGAGAUAGGGUGAGAAGCUCUGCCAUCAGGGAGGAGCUCAAAACAAGGCGCUGCUCGUCCUCACCAAGAAGAGCCAGAUGAAGUGGUUCGGGCAUCUGGUCAGGAUGCCACCCGAACGCCUCCCUAGGGAGGUGUUUUGGGCAUGUCCACAGGGAAGACUAUGUCUCCCGGCUGGCCUGGGAACACCUCGGCAUCCCCUGGGAGGAGCUGGACAAAAUGGCUGGGGAAAGGGAAGUCUGGGCUUCCCUGCAUAGGCUGCUGCCCCCGCGACCCGACCUCGGAUAAGCGGAAGAAGAUGGACUGAUUGAUUGAGACUUUUAUUAGUAGAUUCCAAAGUACAGUACAUAUUCCGUACAAUUGACCAUUAAAUGGUAACACCCGAAUAAGUUUU